UUAUCGCCUGCAGUAUGUCCACGCAUGACGGUGAGCCCAGACGAGCCCGCAACUACGCACUAUGUCUAUGUGCAGAGUGAGAUAAUUAUCAGGCAGCGUGUCUAGGAGAUGAGCGUUCAAUUCGAUAUCAUUAACAGCUCGCGACUCUCAAGGUCGCCGGCUUAUGCAAUAACCUUGGGAACCCACGAUUCUUUUGUUUUGGAUUAAUACGAAUAUACCAUUUGCUGAAUUGACAGAGGCUACAAUGGCACCUAAUAUUCUCAAAAGCAGCCUCGAAAAUGCCUCGUUUAACAUCAUCUUUCAGAUUUUAUGUCGAGGGGUUACAUUUGUCCUGAAUGCUUUUGUGGUGAGGCAUGUAGGUCAAGCAGUUUUGGGUGUGAUGAAUGUUCGUCUUUUACUUUUGGAAUCCAUGAUAUUAUUUUUAUCUAAAGAACCAUUCAUGAAAGCUUGUCUUACAAACACUGCUGAACACAAUUGGGCUCAAGUUAUUAAUUUAUUAUGGAUAACUGUUCCUAUAUGCGUUGGGAUGUCUUUUAUCUUUGGGUACAUUUGGCUCAACGUCUUGCAAACUAGUGAAAUUUUACCUCCUUACUACAAUUUUGCUGUAGUAGCAGUUGCUGUGUCUUGUGUGAUAGAAUUGUCAUCACUGGUGAUCCAACUUAUCGCCAGUGCAUUUUUAUUUGUUAGGCUAAGAAUUGUUUUAGAUACCAUCAUGAUUGCACUUAGAACAAUAACAUUUGUUUUUUUGAUACUUUACAACCCAGAAAAUGCACUUCUUGCUUUUGGAGUUGCUCAAUUAGUAGCAGCUAUAUUUUACACUACAAGUCUUUAUGUUUACUUUCAUAUCUAUAUAAAGCGGUUGAAGAGGCACAAAUUGAAGAGAAGAAUGUCAGUAAGUGAUGAUGGCGUAGAAGAAUACAUUGAGUCAGAAUUUCCAUUUGUUACUAUAAAAGAAUUUUUACCUGGACAGCUUGAGAACAGUGAUUCAUAUUUGGAUCGAAAAUUGACUAUUCUUACAUGGAGUUUUUUCAAGCAAGGAAUACUCAAACAAGUUUUAACAGAAGGUGAACGACUUAUUAUGACAAUCUUACCUGUUUUAACAUUUUCAGAGCAGGGAAUAUAUGAAGUUGUAAACAAUUUGGGUUCGUUAGCGGCUCGAUUUAUCUUCCGACCAAUCGAAGAAAGCAGUUAUUUUUACUUUACACAAAUGAUCCAACGUGAUCGACCCAUAAGCCGUCAAAAUCCAGCCAAAAUCCAAGAGAGCUCAAACGUUCUGCGUCACCUCUGUGGAGGUGUAACAUCUAUUGGGCUCAUUGUUUUAGUUUUUGGACAAUCUUACUCAUCCUUACUCUUGUGGCUCUAUGGUGGAGAAAAACUCAUCGAUGAUUUACCGGUCCUCUUACUCAGGGCGCACUGCUUGGCCGUGCUGCUGUUGGGUAUUAAUGGAGUUACCGAAGGAUAUACCAACGCAACCGCCGACAGCGAUACGAUUAACAAAAACAAUUUAAUAAUGAUCUACGAAUCAAUUGCUUUUCUCGGAGCGUCUUACGUUUUUGCAACUUGGUUCGGGCCGGUUGGAUUUAUUUUUGGUAAUUGCGUUAACAUGAUACUAAGAAUUGUACACUCGGUUAUGUUCAUCGAUCGAAGAUACAAGGAAACUAGUUACAAGCCGCUUCUCGGGCUCGUGCCAAAAUCUCUUUUCGCUGGUAGUCUCAUAGUGGCUGCUCUAGUCACUUCUAUAUCUCAAGCUUACUACUUUUCCGAAGAUAAAUUUUUACAUUUGUUUAUCGGUGUGAUAAUGUUUAUUAUUGUCGCAUCAUCGUGGGCUUAUGACAAUUAUGAUCUACUAAAAGUCGGCUUCAACAAAUGGCUGGAAAGGCGCGAUAGUGAUGUUAAAGAAGAAUAAAUCAAUUUAUCAAUCAGA